AUGGUAGAUUGGGUUCCGAUACGGACAUUUAGAAAUCAUGCCGAUAGAGGGGUCCCAUUCCCAAGUUUGAAGCCCAUGAUGCUCGUGGCCUCGAUUUGGAACGGAGAGAGUUGGGCCACAAAUGGUGGAAAAGACAAAAUUAACUGGGCCUACAGCCCAUUUUCAGCCUCAUUCCAAAACUAUAAGAUUGAUGCCUGCAAAUGGAAGGGGAGUGUCAGUGCUUGCAGUACUGCGAGCCCAACAAAUUGGUGGAAUAACGGCACUUUCAGCUCUUUAACGGGGGCCCAAAGAAGAUUGCUUAAAUGGGUCAGGGUUAAUUACCUCAACUAUGAUUAUUGCCAGGAUAAUAAGAGGUUUAACAAUAGCCUCCCCAAGGAAUGUUCUCUUCCUCCCUACUGA